UAAGACUGAAGAAAGGAGGAAAAAAAGAGACGAAGAGAGAGCUCUCAGCUCUGUACCGCCCUUUCUUCCAAAAUCCCCCAAAAUUCUAGAGAUAGAAAGAAACCAAAACGCGUACUAGGUUCAGCUCACCGCGCCUCCCUCUCUCUCUACAUCUUCCAAUCGGCAAAAUGGCGGUGUUUAGGGUUUUUAGGCUGCUUUGAGCUGAAGGAAACUCCAAAAAGCAGGAUACCAUGGAAAUGCCCGGUCGAAGAUCCAACUACAGUCUCCUCAGCCAGUACCCGGACGAACAGCUAUCGGCGGGGACUCCACCGCCGCCGUACUAUGACUCGUUCUCCAGUGACUCCAAGAGCAGCAGGAUUAAGUCGGAUAGAGAUAGAGGCUUCGAUUGGGAAGCCGGCGGGGAUCACAGGUUGAAUCAGCCGGCCAAUAAUAACAACAACAACAACAGCAGCAACGGCAUCAGUAAUCGUGGUAACCUGAACUUGUAUUCGUCGAUCGGGCUGCAGCGGCAGUCCAGCGGGAGCAGCUUCGGGGAGAGCUCGUUGUCAGGGGAGUAUUAUGCGGCGACGCUGUCGACGGGCGGCGGAAACGAGAUUGAGCCUUAUGGAUACAUGACAAGAGGGAUGGAUGCCGCGGGGAUGGGUCCGGGUUCGUCUGGGAAGAGCUGGGCGCAGCAGACGGAGGAGAGCUACCAGCUGCAGCUGGCGUUGGCGCUUAGGUUAUCGUCCGAGGCGACCUGUGCCGAUGACCCCAAUUUUUUGGAUCCAGUUCCGGAUGAAUCGGCUUCCCGGUCUUCUAGCUCCAACUCCGCAGAGACUUUAUCUCAUCGAUUUUGGGUCAAUGGUUGCCUAUCAUACUUCGAUAAGAUCCCUGAUGGAUUUUACCUAAUUUCUGGGAUGGAGCCAUAUGUAUGGUCUGUGUGCACUGACUAUCAAGAGAAUGGCCGCAUUCCAUCAAUUGAAACAUUAAAGUCGGCUGAUCCUACCGCAGACACUUCAUUGGAAGUGGUGUUGAUUGAUCGGCGAAGUGAUCCGACCUUGAAAGAAUUUCAAACCAGGGUCCACAAUAUAUCUUGCAACUCUAUAACAACAAAAGAGGUUGUUAAUCAAUUGGCCAAUCUUGUGUGCAAUCGCAUGGGAAGGUGCUGUUUUGUAGAAUAUUCUGUUAAUCAAGCUUUUAUUGCUACAAGGGGUUCAUCCACUACUGGAGAAGAUGAAUUAUUUUCUAUAUGGAUGGAGUGCAAUGAUGAUCUGAAAGAUCGUUUGGGAUCCAUUGUUGUCCCUAUAGGCAGCUUGUCUAUUGGCCUCUGCAGACACCGGACAUUACUAUUCAAAGUUCUUGCUGAUGCAAUAGAUUUACCAUGUCGAAUUGCGAAAGGCUGCAAAUAUUGUAAAAGAGAUGAUGCUUCCUCCUGUCUUGUCCGAUUUGGUCUUGACAGGGAGUAUCUAGUUGACUUGGUAGGAAAGCCAGGUCUUUUAUGUGAGCCUGAUUCAUCGCUCAAUGGUCCUUCAUCCAUCUCAAUAUCUUCACCAUUGCGCUUUCCCCAGACCAAAUCAGCUGAACAUGCCAUUGAUUUUAGGUCACUGGCCAAACAGUACUUCACAGACUGUCAGUCACUGAAUAUUGUGUUUGAUGAUACUUCAGCAGCCGGAAUUAUUACCACUGCUGAAGAAGACCAUAAGUUCCCUAACAACAAUGAAGCUUCUCAACCACUUCUGCCCCCUCGAGUUACUCGGACGGGUGGCCAGGAUAGGAGUCUGCAACCACCAAAAGUCUAUAACCCAGCCCAAAGCAAACAACCAUCAAUGAUGCUCAAAGACACCUCAAUUAAGCAUGUACUUGCAACUGGGCAAAAUCUUUUGUCUGUAGCCAGUUCCGAUGCAAGGUUUUCUGAAGGUAGUCAAUUAAUUUCUGGUAGACCAAGUAAAGAUCUAUCCCUUGAGGUGGAGGAGUUCGACAUCCCAUGGACUGAUCUUGUUUUGAAAGAGAGAAUUGGAGCAGGUUCUUUUGGUACUGUCCAUCGUGCCGACUGGCAUGGCUCAGUAAGUUCUUAUGAGCUACUUAUGGUCUCGAUAUCUCAUAUAUUUUCCCGAUCUAUUCUGAUAAGCUGUAUGGAUGUUGCCGUGAAAAUUCUCAUGGAACAAGAAUUUCAUGCGGAACGCUUCAAAGAAUUCUUGAGAGAGGUUGCAAUAAUGAAGCGCCUAAGACAUCCAAAUAUAGUUCUAUUCAUGGGUGCUGUUACUAAGCCACCAAACCUAUCCAUUGUGACAGAAUACUUAUCAAGAGGUAGCCUGUACAGGUUGCUGCACAAGUCUGGUGCAAGGGAGGCCUUGGAUGAAAGGCGUCGGUGGAAUAUGGCAUAUGAUGUGGCAAAGGGAAUGAAUUACCUUCAUAAACGCAAUCCUCCUAUUGUUCACAGAGAUUUGAAAUCUCCAAAUUUAUUGGUCGAUAAGAAGUACACAGUGAAGGUUUGUGAUUUUGGCCUCUCUCGCUUGAAAGCAAAUACAUUUCUUUCAUCAAAGUCGGCUGCAGGGACGCCUGAGUGGAUGGCCCCUGAAGUCCUGCGUGAUGAACCAUCAAACGAGAAGUCAGACGUGUACAGCUUUGGCAUAAUUCUAUGGGAGCUGGCAACAAUGCAACAACCCUGGGGCAAUUUAAAUCCCGCACAGGUUGUGGCAGCAGUUGGUUUCAAAUGCAAAAGGCUUGAGAUUCCCCGCGAAGUAAAUCCUCAAGUAGCAAACAUCAUUGAGGCUUGCUGGGCCAAUGAGCCAUGGAAACGCCCUUCCUUUGCCAACAUCAUGGAAUCAUUAAGGCCAUUGAUCAAACCUCCAACGAAUCCUCAAGCCGGUCGUCCAGACAUGGCCUUACUUCCUUGAGGUGCCGGCAACAGUUGGUAUCUAUGCACAUAAUACAGAGCAUUCUUUUCCGGAAAUUUUGAUGACUGGCAGAGGAAAGCACUCAGUAGAUGGUGCUCUCUCAGGGACUAUUGUUGUAAAUGUCUUGUGUCGUCCGGAGAUUCCGAGUUUCAACUGAUUGCGCUGCUUUGCUUUUGCCCCAUGCUUCUGUGACGCAGAUUUUGCUCAAAAAUUUGUAUCCUUCCCGAUUGUUGAUGUUGGUAAAAAUAGUUGUCGUGUAAAGUCGUCCUCUCAUAAUUUUGUACCUAGAGCGAUGAAAAUGGAAACCCAAACCAUAACUUCAAAAUGUUAGUCGUAACUCUUAAUGAGAAGCAGCUUUUUCGGUCCGUGGUAGUUUAUCGUUCUUCUGUUUUCUUACUACCGGAGAAACCCAGAAUUGGCGUUUAUGAUAGGAACUAAGCACAAGCACAAUGUCAAUCUUGUUUACUUAAG